AUGAAUCGAGCCAGCGAGACUCGACUCGGCCAGGUGAGAACGAACGGAUGGACGGCCGGUCAAUCUACGGCAGAUCUGGGUUGCACAACGCUUCCAACAGGCCCGGUCUACUGCCCCGGGGCCCCUUUCCGGCUUCCUGCUGCUGCUGCGGUGCACUGUCAGUCUACGGCUCGGCUCGACUCGGCUCGACUCGGCUCGACUCGGCUGAGACUGGCCAUGAUGACCAUCGAAUCGCCGCUCGCGACCAGAGGCAUCCUAUCCGGUUCGCCUCGUGAGGUGACAUCCGUUGCCAUGGCCUCAUCUUGUACUGCUCUGGAUCAGAUGCCGGAUCUCGACGACAGCACCGGCGUCAAGCGGAGAAUUCCAACCGGAGCUCAUCUUCUCUGCGCCGCUCCAACAUAA